AUGAGCACGACUUCCGCGACAUACCGACCUGCAAACGUCCUAUCGAGCAAGCGGUACAACCCAGAGUACCGCUGGGAAGUGAUUGCUGCAGGUUGGCUAAAAGGCAAGCCGAGCACAGCACAAUCCAUCCUCCAGCCACUCUCUUCGCAGCUCUGCCAGCGCAUCCCGCUCGACAUUUACGAGCAUAUCAUGGACCACAUGGAUCAGGCAAGCCUAUACCGCGCCGCCCUCGUCUGCCAGGCCUGGCACCACCAGAGCAUCCGCCUCCUCUACCGGACCAUCGAGAUCCGGCAACGCGCCGCGUUCAGCACCAUCUCGCGCCCGAGUCCCGCCGCCCGAGCGCGCCUCGCGACGAGCAAGGAACUGCGCGUCAUGCAUCGCAGUGGCCCGCUCUUCUGCCACGCUGUCCCCCUCACCCUCGGGCGCGCAAUGCCCGCAGUCGAGCGCCUCGCGUUCCAUGCUUGCCUCCAGCCGCUCAUGCAUCCGACCUUCGCGCGUUACCUCUCAGCUUUCACGGGCGUAUCGCGGCUCGAGAUCGGCGGCUUCAGGUUCUCGAACGUUGUGGAGCUGCGGAGGGUGCUGUGUGCGUUCCCGCGGCUGAUAUACUUGUCGCUCUCGCGUGGGGAGUUCACGCAGAGCGUCAAGGGACAGGACGAAGAGAAGAAGAGCGGGUUUAUGCCCGGGGCUGGGCCACAGAGCCUGCGAAUACAGACACUGGUGCUUGGUAUACAACUGAGCUCCCCGGUACUGGAGGCCCUCAUCGACUGGCUCGUUAUGUCAUCCACGUGUCGGUCCAUAGCUCAUCUGGAGUUCUGGCGAGACUCACUCGAGAGCGUUACCUCGGUUAAUCGGCUGCUUGAAGCCAUCGGUGGGGCGUUGCUCGACUUCCACGAACAUCAGGGCCGCUUCGAGAAACGUAGCCACGUCGACCUUGCACACAACUACCGUCUUCGCUCCUUGGAGAUGACUAUGUCCAGGCGACUGACUGAAACGAGUGGCAUUGUGUGGCCAGGCAUCAUAGAGGAACUGCUCUCCGUGCUUUCUAGCGUCCGGAGUUUGGACAUGCAGCGAAUCCUGAUCCACCUCGUCUGCAGAACCACGACGGCUGUAGGGCAGAUGCUUCCGCUAGCGGCCUCCGACAGCGGUCGGCCCCCUCUCCAUGAUGUACUCGAGCGCUCAAACUUCGACUUGCUGCGGGAAGUACAAGCAACGGUGGAAUUAGACUCAACGGACAUGGUGUCUAUAGAAGAUAACAAGGCUGUCGCGGAGAUGAGAGCGCACAAGAUUGUUCCGUAUGUACGCGUCCUACUGGCGCCAUGGCACAAGCGAGGCAUCCUCACUGUCACCCCAAUCUACUGGAACUUGAGCCCUACAUAUGGAGAAGUAGACCCAAGCUCCUCGUCAGGGUUGUUAUACGCGCAUCAGAAAGUGUUCUAUAACCCUACCUAUCUCCCUCUUGGCCUACUCGAACCACGAUAG